AUGAUGCGCAGUGAUAAACAAUGUGAUGUUGGGCCCCAUGGCGCACCAUUCUCGCCGCCCGCACCCACCCGUGCCCCCCGCCAACCCAGCCCCGGCCCUUGGGUGGCGAGGUUGCUGGGCAUGAAACUGACGGCGAUUGGCGUGCUGCGCUGGAACGGCGACGCCAAGGAGCCCAACGUGCUGGGCUUUGCCUGCGACCUGUCCAACUUCGGCUACUUCCAGCGCGGCAGCGUGCGGGACUUCAUCACCUUCACCUCGCGCACCAUCGUCCAGCGCACGCAGCGCGGCCAGCGCCAGACCGUGCAGCACGAGGACUACUUCAUCCACGUGCACGUCAAGGAGUCGGGCCUGGCGGGCGUGGCCGUGUGCGACCAGGAGUAUCCCCAGCGGGCGGCCUUCUCUGUGGUCACACGCGCGCUCGAGGAUUAUGGCGCCAAGUUCGGGGAUGCGUUUCGCUCGGCGUCCGGCGACGGCCAGGAGGCCACGCCGGUGCUGGAGCAGUGCCUGGCACGGUUCCAGGACCCCGCGCAGGCGGACAAGCUGACCAAGAUACAGAGGGACCUGGACGAGACCAAGGUGAUACUGCACAAGACGAUCGAGAGCGUCCUGGAGAGAGGGGAGAAGCUGGAUCACCUGGUGGAGAAGAGCUCGGACCUGAGCUUGGCGAGCCAGAUGUUCUACAAGACGGCCAAGAGAUCGAACUCGUGUUGUAAAAUGAUGUGA